AUGGUAACUCAAUCCAUUGAAUGGGAAGAUGUGGCCAAAAACGAGGUCAGUUUGAGUCGUCUCUACAGACCUACCAUUGAGAAGCGCCGUUCAAUGUCUACUUUGGCUAAUAUAAUAAGAGAAUCAGUAUAUACUCCGAAGAUUGAGUGGUACUGGAAGUGUCUGUUUCGGUCAUAUUUCUAUCGAGUGCUCGGAUAUUCAUUUUCAAUCGUAUCGAUAGCCUAUCUGUGCAUCAGAAUUUUCAAUUACUAUUACCUCUCAGCCCAUCACCAAACUGAUGAAUACAGUCUCAUCUUCUGCGGAAUGCUUUUGUGUCGUUUGGCGCCUCCUCUAUGUCUCAAUUAUUUAGGACUCAUUCAACUGGACUCUCAUAUAACUCAUAUCACUAAAAAAGAGACCGCUUUCACCCAAAUUAUGGGUCAUUUGGAUGUCAUCUCAUUCAUCGGUGAUAUUUUCAAC